AUAGCUCAGUAGGCUUGGGUGUAGUGUUCAAUCUCUGCCUGCAAUUACAAAACAAUUCUCUCUCUCUCUCUCUCUCUCUCUCUGUUUUGUGCAGGCAGGCCAAAUAUGGAUGGUGCAGUAGACAUGAAGGUGGAGGACAAAGCUGUUGAAAAUGGAGAAGAAGAGGACAAGAAAACAACUAUCGGUGGCAGGAAGAGAAAGCUUGGUGGCAUUAGAACAAUGCCAUUUAUCCUUGCUAAUGAAAUAUGCGAUAGAUUUGCGGCUGUUGGUUUUCAUGCCAACAUGAUAACAUACCUGACAGAGGUGCUAAAUUUGCCUCUUGUUAAGGCAUCUAAUACCCUUACCAACUUUGGUGGAACCUCCAGUUUCAUGCCGCUUGUUGGUGCUCUAAUUGCUGAUUCUUUUGCUGGCCGAUUUUGGACUAUCAUUGUUGGAUCUAUCAUUUAUGUGUUGGGAAUGGUAAGUAUCACUACCUCGGCAAUCAUGCCACAGCUCCGUCCUCCACCAUGCCCCACCAAGAAGAACUGCACGGAAGCUUCAAACCUGCAGCUCUGGGUUCUCUACAUCUGUCUGCUCCUGACAUCUAUUGGUUCUGGAGGCAUUCGGCCUUGUGUCAUUACUUUUGCUGCUGAUCAGAUCGACAUGACAAAGUCAAAAGUAGAGGGUCGUAAAUGGAACUUCUAUAAUUGGUAUUAUUUCUGCAUGGGAUUGGCAACAUUAACCUCUCUGACGGUUAUAGUUUAUAUCCAAGAUAAUGUCAGCUGGGCUUGGGGUCUAGGAAUUCCGACCAUUGCUAUGGGAUUAUCGGUUGUUGCUUUUGUUUUAGGAUCCCCUCUUUACAAAAAAGUAAAACCUGGAGGAAGUCCAUUGGUAAGAUUGGCACAGGUAAUUGUUGCAUCUGUGAAGAAGAGGAAAAUUGCCAUACCUGCUGAUUCUAGUCACCUAUAUGAAAAUAAAGAACUCGAUGCUGCUCUCUCAUCCAAUGGGAGGCUUCUGCAUACUGAUCAGUUCAAGUUUAUGGACCGAGCGGCUGUGGUUGAUGGUUCUGACAUGAGAGAAUCCAACCAGCCAAACCUCUGGAGGCUUGCUACAGUGCAUAGAGUGGAGGAACUGAAGUGCAUUCUCAGGAUGGUACCUGUUUGGGCCGCGGGAAUAUUGCUCAUCACUUCAUAUUCACACGUUGGCAGCUUUACUAUCCAACAAGCACGCAGUAUGGAUCGUCACCUGUCCCAAUCCCAUUCCUUCCAAAUUCCUCCUGCCACCAUGUCUGUCUUUACUGUCUUGACUGUGCUUAUUGGCCUCGCUCUCUAUGAGCGCGUUUUUGUGCCUUUCAUUCGCAGAUUCACUGGAAAUCCUGCAGGCAUUACAUGCCUGCAGCGAAUGGGUAUAGGGUUUGCAGUUAACAUCCUUGCCACUGUUGUCUCAGCUCUAAUCGAGAUCAAGCGAAAAGCAGUUGCUGAACGCUAUAACCUACUCGAUGAACCAGCUGCCAUCAUACCUAUUAGUGUGUUCUGGUUAAUUCCCCAGUAUUGCCUCCAUGGAAUAGCUGAAGUUUUCAUGUCAGUUGGGCACCUCGAGUUUCUGAUUGAGCAAUCCCCAGAAAGCAUGAGAAGCACUGCAGCUGCGCUCAAUUCAUUAACUAACUCAAUCGGAAAUUACAUGGGCACCCUUGUCGUAUCUUUAGUGCACAGCUAUACCGGCAGGGGCAAUGAAGGGAACUGGCUACCAGACCGGAAUCUGAACAGGGGAAAGCUGGAAAACUACUACUGGCUCAUAACAGGUAUACAGGCACUAAAUCUCGUGUACUAUGUCACGUGUGCCAAGUUUUAUAGAUACAAACCUUUGGAAGAAGUUACUGCCAGUGAGGAAACCGACGUGGAGUUAGCAAAGGAUAAACUUCCAUUGGAUUCAGUAAAGGGAGCUAAAGGUGAUGGCAAAGAAGUAGAAGUGUCAAGAAAUGGUAAAUAUUCUAUGUAAUAAUGUAUCUAUUUGCAGCAAUAUAUAGCUAGCAGUAACAUAGUCAUGAGAUGAUAUUAUGUAAUAGAAGAAACAGAAUAGCAGCUUUUGUAUACAUUUCCAAUUAGUUGUUGGAACUUGCUUAAAGCCAUAGCUGCUACAUGAUUAUGACUGUUAUAGUAUUAUGGAGUAAUAGAAUGAUAAUCUUCUCCUUUUAUAUA